GUGUGUCCACCAGCUGCUGUCAGUCCGCAGCACGGUCCAAGAUGGGCUUCACAAGGGCACCCCGGCCAGGGUGUGUGGGGGGGCAUGGACUGACGGUGGCGCUGUUGGUGACUCUUCUCUUGCCAGGGACCUUGGCUAAGAGCAUCAGGGCCUUCCCAGACCCUUGCAAGGACCGCAUCACCUCCCCCAAUAACCCCUGUCUCACUGGGGCUGGUGGUUCUAGUAGCCACAGUGGAUCCAGCAGCUAUAGUAGUUCCAGUUACAGUAGCUCCAGUGGCGGCUCCAGUGGCAGUUCUAAUGGUGGCUCCAGUGGCGGCUCCAGUGGCAGUAAUGGUGGCUCCAGUGGCGGUUCAAGUGGUGGCUCCAGUGGCGGAUCCAGUGGUGGCCCCAGUGGCAGCCCCAGUGGUGGCUCCAGUGGCGGCUCCAGUGGCGGCUCCAGUGGUGGCCCCAGUGGCAGCCCCAGUGGUGGCUCCAGUGGCGGCUCCAGUGGCGGCUCCAGUGGUGGCUCCAGUGGAUACAGUGUCUCCCAGGGGAGUUCUUCCUUUUCUUCAGGAUCUUCAGGACUUAAGCCGGGAUCAGGGUAUUCCCAGAUCAGCUACUCCUCUGGGUCUGGCUCGGCACUGCAAAACCCCUCCAACAACCCACAGUCCGGAAGCAGCAGCUCCCAGUCAGGGUCCGGCUCGGCUCUGCCGCCCCGGAUGGUCAUCAGCUCUUCCCAGAGUGGAGGAAGCUUAACCUCUUCGGUUUCCCAAAGCUCUUGGAGUUCCAGCAGCGGCGGCCAGAGGGUCAGCUCCAACCUUCGCCCCUGUAGCUCAGAUGCCCCCGACUCUCCCUGCAGUGGGGGCCCCAUUGUCUCUCACUCUGGCUCCUACCUCUCCGGUUCACACACUGUGUCGGGAGGUAAGAGGCCAGUGGUGGUGGUGGUCGAGCAGCAUGGCUCUGGCGGCCCUGGGGUGCUUCAAGGUGGCCCCUGUCACAAUGGGGGUCUUCCAGGCAAGCCCUGCCCCCCUAUCACCUCGGUGGUAGACAAAUCCAAUGGGGGCUACGAGGUAGUCGGUGGGUCCUCUACCAGUUAUUUGGUCCCUGGCAUGACCUACAGUGGGGGUAAGAUCUACCCUGUGGGCUACUUCACCAAAGAGAACCCCAUCAGAGGCUCCCCAGGAGUCCCCUCCUUUGCCGCUGGGCCCCCCAUCUCCGAGGGCAAAUACUUCUCCAGCAACCCCAUCAUCCCCAGCCACAGUGCUUCCGGUUCCAGCAGCUACCAGCCAGCAGCGCCCUCCACCAUUGUGUUCCAGCCUGUGGGCUCGGGGGGGGUCCGGCCCUGCGGCGCUGGCUUUGCAGGAUCCAAGGGGCCGUGCUCCCUGCCCAGUUCUGGAACCCACAGCAGCUCCAGUGGCCCCUUCCAGCCCUGUGGCAGUGCUUCCCAGGGGCCUUGCUCCUCGCCGGGCAUCGGCUCCCUCAGCGGCAGCUCCAGCUCGCAGUCCAGUGGCAAAAUCAUCCUGCAGCCCUGCGGCAGCAGGGCCAGCUCUUCCGGUCACCCUUGCCUGUCGGUCUCCUCCUCGACGUUGAGUGGGGGUCCUGAUGGCUCUCCCCAACCGGACCCCUUAGCUGGCGCCAAGCCCUGUGGUCCCGUCACCUCUGGAAGGAUGCCCUGCCGCUCCAUCCGGGACAUCCUGGCCCGCGUGCAACCUCUGGGGCCCCAGCUGGCUGACCCUGAGGUGUUUCUCCCCCAGGGAGAUGUCCCUGAGGGUCCGUAGGUCAUUUUUGGUGCAUGAGCACGUGCGGGCACACACACACGUGGCGUGUCGUCUCCCGGCUGGGCAGCAUCCAGGGAGUCAGGCAUGGGGUGUCCCAGUUGGUCUCCUCCCUUUCCGGAGACACGCGCUACUUCUCUGGCACCCCCAGGUGGCAGGCGCUCAUUCCACGUACCACCUUCAUCUCUCCAAAGUGGCUGCCCCCAAGUCCCGUCCUUGUUUCCUCAAGCUGCUUAGAUGCCAGUCCCCUACCACGGCUUCUCUGCCAGAUAACCACUCCCGGAAUGUCCCCUGUCAGCAGAAACCUUUUCUGAGGUGGUACAGCCCAUUGCCCAACUCCACCCGUUCAGGUUCUCGACUGGACACCUCCCCAAGAUGUUCCCCAAAUGGGGAGGUCUCUGUACCCGGGCAGCAAGUCAACCCGUCCGCUUCCCCUCUGCCAAACCGAGCAGCCUCCAAACUGAACACAGUGGCCGCUUUCCACGCAUCUUGGGCCUCAGAGAGUGGAGUCUUCACCAUCUGACCCACCAACGUGUCCACUGGGAAAUCACUGCCAAUGCCACAUGACCCCUUCCCCACCUUUGCCUUCACCCUAUCAUAGAGCUCACCAGACCAUUGGAAAGCCCAACGCCCCUCUCGGCCUCUCACACACCCUGGGCUCUCGAC